UUCACUGUGGCCUGUUUGCACUCAAAUGCAGCAGCAGAGCGAACAGUGAGGUCAGUGUCUACCACAGUGUCAGUCUUAGAGUUGGUUCAAAGAAACCACGUACUGCAACCUGCUACCUGCUACCUGCUGAUAAAUAAAGGGUGGAAAUCCAGACUCAACAUGGGAAGCUGCACCUCAAGGAUAAAGAAGAAAAACAAAGGAGAUUCUACAGAUGAUACAAACACAAAUACAAAGGUGGACGAAGAUGUAACAUAUGCUUCUAUCGACCACGGCACUGCCAAAGGAUCAAGAAGAACCAGAGCUACAACUGUGGAUGAUUGUGACUAUGCAACAGUAUACGUUCCUCCAGCGCUUCUACCUCGACCUGAGUCUGACAGCUCAUCUAAAGGGGAGUGUGAAGAUGACUAUGUACCCAUGGGCUGAUUAAGAACAGGAGGAAAACUUCAUCCGAUUUUUGUUUUAAGUUCCAAAAACUCAUGAGCAUUUCAGCUUCCAAGUACCCAGUUGAAAUGUCAACCAAGUGUUGAAGAAACUGUGAUGAGAGCUUGAUCACAAAUGUGACGUUUUACCAACUGAAGAUAAAGAUGAACUGUGUUCGACCUCUGUACAGAAGAAACUCCACCUCAAAAGGGAGAGUGCAGCUUUAUUAACUUUUCUGGAAAUGUCCAGAGAGUAGCAGAUUAUUAGGAAUCAGUUAUUAGUAUUGAUCUGAAGAUUUUUGCAGUGAACAGAGGAGUUUGUUGUACAUUGGUUUUGAAAUAUUCAACUGCUGUGUCUUCUAAAUAGCUGACCCAGUAGCUUUUGAGAAAAAAAAUAAGAAAAAAGCAUAUGGCCUUUUGAUGACCCGAUCUCAGGAGGAACAUCAACCCACUUAAAAAUAUAUAUUUUGAUGAUACUGUUUUUGCUGGUUGAAAAUGUGGUCCUCAAAACUGAUAAAUUUAUUAAGUUACUCACAUUACUCAGAAAGUAUGUGCGGUUGUGGUACAAAAGUUUUUUUCCUCUGGUGGAAAAUGUGAACAAUGAAGAAAAAGGUAGAUAUGCUGUCACUAUGAUUAUCUACUGGAGAUAAAAGUCCUAGUCUGUUUUCUGGGUCGACCUUUACUAACAACAGCUCAAAGCUUCCAAUAAUGCUUCUUUUGGGAUUUAUAAUGGCAAAACUAUGUGCAAUGUUGGGUCCACUAUUAUGUGUCCUUUCCUAUUCCUUCAUUAAGGAUGUGCGAAAAAAGUCAGAGAAUGAAGCAAUGUCACCCUUGCUAGUCAUCACCAAAAUCACUAGUCAGCUGAGCUAACUUCAUAUUUUUAGAUUUGUAGGCCCAAAAUGCCAGUCAUGUUUAGUAUCUAAGCUGUAGCGCAACCAUCCGCCACCAGCUGGGGCUAUAUCUCCAGUUGAUACAGUUUUUUGUUGUUGUUGUUGUUGUUUUUCCCUGGCAGGCUCUAUUUUCUAUUUAAAGCUGG